ACUAACUAGCUUUCGCUAACUUACAGUAGCGCACAGUUACUAUGGGACAUUGUUGCCUGUUAAUCUGUUUUUAUAAUUAAACCAUAAUAGACAUGUUAUUGUGUAAUAAAAUAUUUGUGGUUCCGCUUAGUAUCUUUUAUAUAUUUAUUAGGUAACCUAAUGUACUAGCGAGAUAUCUGUCGACUGAAGGUCCAACUUUACUUGCUAGCUAGCUGGUAGGCUAACUAGCUAGCUUGCUUGUGGGACAGAGGAACAAGCUUGUGGUUGUAUGCAUAUAAGUAAAGUUCCUUCAGAUCAUGGACUUCCCAGGCCACUUUGAGCAGAUCUUCCAGCAGCUGAACUACCAGCGUCUGCACGGGCAACUGUGCGACUGUGUGAUAGUGGUGGGCAGCCGUCACUUUAAGGCGCACCGUGCUGUGCUGGCUGCCUGCAGCACACACUUCCGCGCGUUGUUUACUGUUGCCGAGGGUGAUGCCAGCAUGAGCAUGGUGCAGCUGGACUCAGAGGUGGUAACAGCGGAAGCCUUCGCUGCCCUUGUUGACAUGAUGUACACGUCAGCACUGACGCUGGGCGCAAGCAACGUCAUGGACGUGCUGCUGGCCGCCUCGCACCUGCACCUCAACCCGGUUGUCAAGGCCUGCAAGCACUACUUGACUACACGGACACUGCCGGCGUCACCCCCGGCUGAGCGUGCCGGCCGGCAGCACCAGCAACAGCAGACCGCUGUCCAUGCUGCUGCCGGGUCCCGCCUCCAGCGCUCGUUCCUGCUGCAGCAGCUUGGGCUGAGCCUGGUCAGCUCUGCCCUCGACGGGGCAGAGGAGGAGGGGGGUGGGGCGGGCCGAGGGGCGGGGUCGGUAUCGGCAAGUGGACUGGCGGACCAACGGGAAGCCUACUCUGCCCGCCGCUUCCAUAAGCGCAAGCAGGCCUUCUCUCUGAUUCGUUCUGAGGCAGAGCGGCUGAGGCAGAGGCCACGCCUCGGGGCACAGGCUGAGGGGGCUGUGCAGGAAGGGGAGGGAAGAACAGGAGGGGAGGAGCUUCUGUCCCCGGACUCUCACAACAAAAUUGUGGAUGAGGAUUCCAAACUGGAUGUGGUGGUCGCAGGGGUGGAUGCUGGGGAUGAUGGCGGCUUACUAGAUGGACGAGACUUCCGAAGGGGCCUGGGCCACGAAGACGUGCAGCUGCCCAGCCAAUCAGAUGGGGGUAGGGGAAGUGGAGCAGAGCAGCCUCUGCUGUUGCCACACAAAGAAGAGUAUCCAGAUGCGGGGCGUCUCCAUGGUGAGGGGCUGCAGAUCAAGGACGGGGGCGAGGAAGAGGAGCCGCAGCACAUGCAGGUGGUGGUAAAGAGUGAACCGCUUAGCUCACCCGAACCUGCCGACGAGACCAGCGAUGUCACCUCGCAGGCCGAGGGCAGUGACCAGGUGGAGCCAGUAGGAGAGAAGCUGGAGCUGAGUCCCGAAGGCAGUGAACAUAGCUUCACAGAGCCCCAACCCAGCUCCGAACUACUUCUCCUGGGCAAUCACAGUGGGCCGUCUGGGGGUGGAGAAAGAGGAGGGGGUGGAGCAGGGCGGGAGGAGCUGGGCUCAUGCGCCGAUGCUCUGGAGUCAACCGCUCUGUUCCGUGCCACCAGCUUCCUGAGCGGUAAGGGCUUUGAGCGUGGCACACUGCCGGGAGCUGAUGGUGGGGGCAGCGACAACAUUCCCAACACAACCACAGGGGAGUGUCGGCUGGAGCGCGAACCUGCUCGAUUCCUGUUUGGCGCCGACCUGGCCGGCGGCCCCUCCUCAUCCCUGCUCCUCCCUCCCUCGCAGAGCCUCUAUCCGGGGGAGGGGGCGGAUUUCUCCACCCUGCAGGCAGAUGCACUCCUCCUCCGCCCUCUACAUGAUGGCAUGGCGCCAUCUUCCUCUUCGUUGGUGACUCCCCGGACUACCGCCGCACACGAGCAGCUGACUUUGGACUUCCAGAGGAGCGGACUGGGCCUGCACCACACCUUCCAACGUACACCUAGAGGGGGUGGAGCCGGGGGUGGGAUCGGGGCUGGCGCAGGGGGCAUCUCCGCCUAUCGCCGCAUCGCCCCAAAAAUGGGGCCAGGAAGCGGGGCUGGGCGUGUGGAUGCCGCCCAUCCACCAGGCUCCACCUCCUCACCAGCAGUAUCGGCACUCCUCAACGCUGGCUUCGACAGCCCGGCGUGUGGAGGGGGCGGUGGCUCAAGCCUGAACCCACCCCCCCCACUGACCCGUGCGUCCGCCGACGUGCUGUCCAAAUGCAAGAAGGCUCUGUCAGAGCACAACGUGCUGGUGGUGGAGGGUGCGCGCAAGUAUGCCUGUAAGAUCUGCUGCAAGACCUUCCUGACACUGACGGACUGCAAGAAGCACAUCCGCGUGCACACGGGGGAGAAGCCCUACGCCUGUCUGAAGUGCGGCAAGCGCUUCAGCCAGUCCAGCCACCUGUACAAGCACUCGAAAACCACGUGUCUCAGGUGGCAGAACAGUAACAUGUCUAAUGCCUUGCUUUAACUGCCUUGCACAAAGCCCUCUGCGAACAUACCCCACAAUGGCGUAUGGAAACAGUGCGUUGGGCCAGCCAGCCAGCUUUGAUCGCAAACACUGUGUCGUCCACACUGUACUGCAGAGGAGGUGCAACUGCACCUAAGGUGUUGACAGACGUGCAACCAUGAGCUAGCUAGCUAACAUAGAGAGACGCACACACACCCUGUAUACGCACCAAGGUUUAUAGUGUCAACACAGUGCCAAAAAAGUAAUCUCUCACUCAUAUUACACAGCAACCUGCUCACCAUGUACACACACAAGCUCACAUUUUCAGGAGUGAGAACACUUUACUCGCCAGUACUGUAGCUACUAAUGUAGUUUGAAAUGUUGAUAAAGAUAAUGCAUUGUCUAGUUUUUUUUUUAGCAUUUGUGAUGCAGUUUAUAUGAUUUUUGUCGUGUGUGUGUAUAUGUAUAUAUAUGCGUGCGUGUGUGUGUGUGUGUGUGUGUGUGUGUGUGUGUGUAUAUACACACAUUUCAGAUAGAUAGAUAUAUAUAAAAUAAUGUGUGUGUAUGUAUGUAUAUGUGGGUCCAAGUUUUUCAUGCCAACCAAGGUAAAGCUCAAGUAAUCUUUUUUUCAAGUGUCAUGUUUGUUUUUUGUUUGUAUUCUUUUUAAGAAAUAUUUAUAAUGGUGAUAAACAAUGAACAGUGGUUCACAGUAAGUAGUGAGAACUUUAAGCUGGGUAAAAAAAAAAAAGUUUUUCUUCAGUGGUAAUGCCACAAGUUAGCUCCUGUGUUGUAAACACAUGAAAAUAGUGUACUUUUUAAGAUGUGUUUGUGAAGGGUUGGCAAAGCCCCCUGAAUUAAGAACUAGAAAGUUGUCUGCUUUCAAAGAUAUGAAGCAUCCCUGCUGAAUGUUUUUGAACUUUUUAAGAUCUCUCUGAAGUGUCAGAAGAAUCCUGAGCCGAAGUUAAGGUCAAUAUUGCUUCUUUGACACGUUGCACUGUUAAAGCUCAAUCUGGCAACCCUUUUCAGAGCUGUGUGCUGGAAGGACAUUCUGUAAAUCAUUGUCUAACAGCUCAUAUCCACAGCAGCAUUAUGUGGCAGACUGCCGCUGUAGGUCAAGAUUCCUUCCUGCCAUUUCAGAGAAGCCCACCACUGAGCUCUAGAUAACUCAAGUUCCACUGUGAAGUUACUCCAGCUCUGACUCUCUGUUGCACUUGACACGUUUGGAAUCCAGAACAAGGAGCCUUCUCUUAGAAGGAAGUUCAAGGGAUGAACAUCAACAAAGAUCAGUUCAAUUAUUGGAGCUACCCAUAGACAGUGAAAACUGGUGUUCUUUGUUUUCCCGUCUAGUUGCUCGGAGUCAGCAUUUAAUGGACAUAAGCACAUGCACUCCAAGAGUGUGGCUUAAGAGUUAGAUAUAAUAUUGACUUGGUAAAACUGGUCUGAAAAUUGAUUUCCUAUUAAAAAUUACCAACUUUCAAGAUGUAUAAAGCACGUGUGGGUGUUUUUGCCCAAUCAUGCUUGAUCUCAUUGAGUCCAUGAAAAAACAAAAAACGAUUUUCAGAAUUGCUUUAGAAAGCACCGGCUAAUUUUACCUGAGAUAAUCAGCUGCAGUAGACCUCGCCUUGGGACCGUAAUGACCGCAGUCGGUCAAAGAAGGGAUCGUGAAAUGAUGGUGAACAAGAAUUUUAACAGAUUCUUGAGCGAAUUUCUUGCCUUCCUUUUGAACGAAUGCACCUUUGAUGAAGUGACUAUAGGAGCCUGAUAGUCAUAGUACAGAUCGGGUUCACAAUGUACAUUUUGGCUUCAGCCUCUGUACCUGCUUGUCGAUUGUUGUGUGUUGCUUGCAGUGGUGAAUGUUUUUUUGUUUUGUUUUUUUCCCCUCUUGAACAGAAACUUGUGUUGUGUUGUAAUCUUGAGCGGAGUAUUGCCAUGCUAUUUAGUUGUUUUUUUUUGUUGUUUUUUUUUAAAUUACUUUACUAUACAUAGCACGUAAAAUUGUUAUAUUUCAUUGUAGUAGUUCUUGUAUUUGGUCAGUAAGUUAGGAAUGUUUUGUGUGUGUGUGUGUGUGUGUGUGUGUGCGCGUGCGUGUCUGCGUGCAUACGAUUGUGUUCCUUGUCUAUGUUUGUAGCAUGUGAACAAGCGUUUAUUUUGAAGGGCUCAAUCAGAGGACUUGACAUUGGACAGAACGAUGGGUAUACAGCCAGUGCCAGAAGCUGAAUCUACACUCUUUCUCUCUUAUCUCAUGGGAAAAUGCCCCAUCAUAUAAAUUUUGCACGAUUGUGGCUUUGUUUCCUAAAUUCCUCUAGAAGAUGGGGGGGGG